AUGAGGAUCCUCCUCUUCGCCCUUCUGGCAGGCUCAUUAUUCGCCAGGACGAACACGGAAGUGUUAGAGACAUUAGCACAAUGGCCGCUCCUGGACUUUGCUCUUCCGUACGACCGCGAGUUCCUCAAUCAGUAUCGUCCAGAAAACGUGGUGCCCACUGGGAUCACGAUCGGCUGGGACAAGAUCUUCAUCACCGUUCCAAGACUACGCGCUGGUGUCCCGUCGACCUUGAACUACAUUCCAAGGAAUCUGCCUCUGGGAAGCAGCCCCCAGCUUCAAGCGUAUCCGUCCUGGGACUGGCACAGCGCAGGCAGAGGUGAUCUGAACUGCUCCCAAAUGAUCUCGGUAUAUAGAUCCAUGAUCGACAGGUGCAACAGACUUUGGGUGGUCGACAGCGGCGUGAUGACAUCGAUCGACGACUUCAUGCCGGUUUGCCCGCCGAAAAUCCUCGUCUUCGAUCUGAGGACCGAUCAAUUGGUGCGGAUGUAUACCUUCCCUAGGGACGUUCUGAGGCCCAAUACGUUGCUAACGAAUCUAAUCAUCGACGACGUUACGGCGACAACCUGCGACGAUGUGUUCUUGUAUAUUUCCGAUACCGCAGGGCCUGGUUUAUUGGUGUACGAUGGCGCCACUGACAAAAGUUGGCGAGCUGUGCACGCUUCCAUGUAUCCUCAUCCGGACUUCUCUACUUAUAGGAUUGGCAGUGACACAUUCGAGCUGCUCGACGGUGUCGUCGGUCUGGCGUUCUCCGCGAGACUAGGCCAACUCUACUACCAGCCCCUGGCGACGGACCGUCUGUUCAGUGUGCCAACAACGGCGCUACAAGCCGGUCCGGCGGCGUUCGGUGAACAGUUACCGGUAACAUUGGUCGGCAAGAAGUCUAGUCAAGGUCUUGCGUUGGCCGUCGACCCCCGUGACGACACGAUCCUCUUCUCGCCGCUGACGGAAACGGCAAUCGCCUCCUGGCAGCCGCAGACCAACCGGCAGAGGAUUAUGGCGUUCAGUCCAGAAAAACUGCAGUUCGUCGCUGAAAUUCGAUGGGCGGAACGGGACAAUGGGAAUUUCUGGGUGCUGAGCAGCAGAUUUCAGAAAUUCUUCAGGCGGGAGGUCAGCGCCCGCGAUAUCAACAUUCGAAUCAUGAGGCUGAUGCCCGAGCAACGUCCCUUGAAGCACGAAAUCCUUAAUUCGUACAAUCAACCACCGUUCCCGUUGCAUUUCUACAAUAACACUUUGGGUUUUUAG